CGGCUAGAAAGAAGCACAAUGGCUUCCAAUAUUAGACGCAAGGCUAGUAAGUUCUUCUAUGAUGUGAAAAGAGAAGUAUACAAUGAAGAAUCUUUUCAAAGAGAGCAUAGAAGGAAAGGAACUUCUUCAGGAAAUGUAGAUAUCAAUAUCACUACAAUUAAACACAGAGUGCAAUUCCGUUGCUCAUGGAAGAGAUUUAAAAAAGUCAUAUUUGGCAUCUUUCCCUUCCUAGAAUGGAUGUGUGUGUACCGAUUCAAGGACUGGCUUUUUGGAGAUUUGCUUGCUGGCUUAAAUGUUGGCCUUGUACAGGUUCCCCAAGGUUUGAUACUUGCUGUGCUAAUAAGGAUGCUGAUCCCACCCCUCAAUAUUUCCUAUUCUUCUUUCUGUUGCUCAAUGAUCUAUAUCAUUUUUGGAACAUCUCAUCAUGUGUCUAUUGGAAACUUCUUCCUUGUGAGUGCAUUGAUGGCGAAUGUCCUAAAUAGAAUAAUGUUCAAUUCUGGUCACCUCCUGAUGGGAACUUUUGUCAGGGGUGACUUUGAAGAUCCAGCCUACUCCCUGGAUUAUGAGAAGGCCCUUGGUUUCAUGCAAGCUGUAACCUUUCUGACUGGGAUUAUCCAGCUGCUGGUUGGAUUGCUGAGAUUGGAUUUUGUCACCCUGUACCUACCUGACACCCUAAUUAAUGCCUACUUGGCAGCCACUGCACUGCAUGUCAUGAUGUCCCAAAUGUGCUUCAUCUUUGGGAUUAUGAUUCGUUUCCACUGUGGUGCUAUUGCCUUCUUUUAUAAUCUAAUUAACUACUGUAUAGCUCUCCCAAGAGCCAAUUCCACCAGCAUUCUGCUGUUUCUGAUUUGUAUGGUGGCUUUGAGAGUCAACAAAUGUAUCAAGAUCUCUUUCAAACGAUAUCCCAUUGAAUUUCCCAUGGAAUUCUUACUGAUUGUCUCCUUCACUAUUAUCGCAAACAAGAUCCGCAUGAACACUGAAAGCAGCAAGCACAUUGUUGAUAUGAUCCCUUAUAGUUUCCUGUAUCCUGAACCAGCUGAGUUUGGGCGCUUGCACCUCGUUGUUUGUCAUGCCCUCUCCUUGUCCAUGGUGAGCUACAUUUUGCUUGUCUUCAUAGGCAAGAAGAUUGCUUCCUUGCAUAACUACAGUAUCAAUCCUAACCAGGAGUUGGUAGCCAUUGGCCUGUGCAAUCUUGUCAGCUCGUUCUUCAAAUCUUUUGUGUUUACUUCUGCUAUUGCCAGAACAGUCAUCCAAGAAAAAACAGGUGGGAGACAACAGUUUGCAGCUCUGGUGGGUGCAGGUUUAACGUUGCUGGUGAUGCUGAAGAUGGGUCAUUUUUUCUACGAUCUGCCUAACGCUGUUCUGGCUGGUAUUGUUCUGAGCAAUGUCUUGCCCUUCCUUUCAACCAUCAUGGACCUUCCUGAUCUGUGGAAGCAGAACCAGUAUGACUUUGUGAUUUGGAUAGUGACAUUUCUGUCGGUCAUCUGCUUGGGACUGGACGUUGGCCUGCUAGUUUCAGUAGUAUUCACCUUCUUCAUCACCACUGUCCAGUCGCACAGAGCCAGUAUUGUUGUCCUGGGACAGAUCCCUAACACCAACAUUUACAGAAGCUUUACCGACUACCGAGAGGCUGUGUACAUUCCAGGCGUGAAAAUUUUCCAGUUCUGCACCUCCAUCACUUUUGUAAAUGUUGAAGAAAUCAAGCAAAUGCUGUUAAAAGAGGUGGAUCUGAAAACUGUGCCUCUUACCGAUGAAGACUUGAGAAACUUGUUCGUUGACAACAGGUCUGAAAUAGAUGAAAGCCCUUUUAAGUGUGCCUGCAACUGUGAUGAACCAGAGCCACCCCCCAGGAUUGCUUACACAGAACACCUCGAGAACAGAUCGGAAAGCGAUGCAUCUUCCAUUGACCUGCUCCACUGCUCACGAUUUGAAAGUGCCUUCAUGAGCCGUAGUCUAUCCGAAGAUCAAAUGGCUUUAAGACAACUCAAUUCAAAGAAUGAAGAUGUAGAGAAAGUCUGGGUUCCCAGCCAUACCACAAUAAACAGUUCUGGAGUUCAAAUGUUAAUGGCUUCACCAUCAACCAAUGAACAUGGUGACGGUCAUCAUAGGAGCAAACAUGACCCUGGCAAGCAUAGUUCUGAUGUGUCUUUUAUAUCAACUAUCCACACUAUCAUCCUGGAUUUCACCAUGGUGAAUUUUGUGGAUACAAAGGCUACACAGGUAAUAAGACAGAUCUGCAAUGCAUUUUACAACAUUGAUGUAUUAGUACUCCUAGCAGGGUGUCAUCCACUGAUUGUUAAGACUUUUGAGACCAAUGACUUCUUUGAUGCUGGCAUUACCAAGGCCCAGUUGUUCCUUACCCUUCAUGAUGCUGUUCUAUUUGCUCUUGGGAAGAAAUACUUAGAGACUCCCGAAGAUGAGCCAGAAAUAAAGGAAACACUGCAAUCUCCAGCCUAUUCUCCCUAUGGUCAAAUGUCAAGGUAUGACUCAGAAUCAAGAAAGGACCUACAGAUAACACCUUCCAAGGGGAAGUCGAGCCAUUCUGAACAGAGUGGAGACAGCUUGCCAUCGCCAAAGAAAGAGAAAGCUCCCAAACACCUCUAUCACCCAGAUAUACAGCUGGAUAUUAAAGACCUGAAUGAGAGAGUGGAGCUAGAGACAGUGAUGGACCCAAACUUCGAGGCCGACCUGGAUCUGGGGCCAGAACUUGAGUUUGAUCUGGAGCCAGAAACUGAGACUGAAACUGAGAUUGAGAUUGAGACGCGACAUGCUAUAGGAGCAGAAAUAGAGAUAGAAACAGAGUCAGAAACAGAGCGCAACACUUACGAUCAGCCGUAUGAAAUGUCAUACCAAAGGCCAUACCAGUGGGAUAACAGGGGCACCCAGAGUAGGGAAUACCACGAUAUCUGGGAGCAAGACUGGAAAUACACGAACAAAUCCUAACAUUCCAUUAUGUCCCAUGGGAUGUUCUCCCCCACCCAAAUAGGAAUUGCUUAUUCAUGGGGACCUUGACCUGUUCAUUGAUAACUAAACCAACACUGGCCUUGUAGCUCAUCCAUGUACUUACAUUAUACAUAGACCCAUGCCAAGGAUGGGGAUGGGACUCCCAAACCACAUCAUUAACAUGCAAGAAACAGCACUAGAUCUCUAAUCAUUUGUCAAGCUGGAGAACCCAUAGCAGAUGUUUCCAUUUUUAUGAGUCCUUAAGCGCCACCAAAGUUCCUGGAGAUUCUGGCUGACCAUUGCUAAUAGCUCCUUUCUACUCUCCCUCCCCACCAUCAGCUUCUGCACAUAAACACUGAGGUUCAAAUAAAAUACGCAACUCUAGUUAUAUUUUGCAAAAGGCUUUGUAUUCUUCCAGCCUCUUCUUCCUCUUAUGCACUAUGAGGCUAUAAGAAGAUAUGAAGGAGAGAAUCCAGACAUAACGUGUGUUCAUGGGAAGGAACUGCUGGCAGGGGAAAGGGAAAUCUAGCAGCUGUUUUACUUAGGCAAGCCUUCUUUGCAGCAAUUAUCAUAGGAAGGAGCAGGAAAACAGUGGGGCAGGUAGGUGAUGUUUUGCCAGGAUGUAGAGAUUCGUGGAAGAGGUUUGCCAGAAGGCUUGCAAAUAUUAGUUCAAUUGAAAGAAUUUUUAAACUUAUUAGGUCCUAAAAGCCUGAGGCUAAAUGCUGUCAGGGAAAGGGGCUCUGGGAUCUAGUCCUGCCCCAGACCCAGCAUUGCAGACUAGUGAGAUGCAAUCAGAAUGGAACUCUUACAGUUCCUUUCCAUAUCUACUUCUAUCACAUUAGCUGAAGGUUUGGGAAGCGUAAUAAUUUUCUUUGGAACACGUUGCCAUGUGUAACUUGUGACAGAUCUCGCUUUGUUGGAAUGUGAGACUUCUUAAGAAUUGAAAAAAAAAACUGAAUACAAUCAUUUCCGGCCAAGCUCGAUCAAAAUACUUCCCCUUUUAAAAAAUUGCUGAUGCUGAGCCCAGCCAGAAGGUUGUAGUCUCAACAGUGUCACUUAGCAAAUGAGCCCCACUUUUCUCUGUACCUCAGCUUAAUACUCUUUUUUUGGAACUUAAAUCUCCCUGAUCCCUCAGAGACUAUAUCCAUUAAUUAACAAGUAUUUAUUGUUCAUCUACUAUGUGCACAGCAUUGUGCCCAAGGCAGUCACCCCCAAAAUGACAUGCUCCUUACCCCCAGCAGCUUAUAAUGUAGUUGGGGAGAUAAGCCGUAAUAGCAUGAUAAUAAAUGACAAUAUAGGAAAAGUACUAAAAUCCAAACCUCAUAAUGGAACUCUUAGCAAUAUAAGCGAGCUUAGAAUUUAGAAACACUAGGUUCUAAAGUAUAGAAUUUGUCUAAAUAAGAACAGCAAUGGGCAAAUCGAGGAAGAGCUGUCCUAGGCACACUUACCAUACAGGCUGGGUGCACGCUCUACACAUGCCUAGGAUACUUUUUUACAUGUGCCUUUGAGAGGCUGCUUGGAUUACUCUUGGAUCACAUCUGCUUAUUAAAAGUUCCACUGGAAUCUACUAGAAAUCCACAGCCCUAGCCAUAGUAACCAAAUAAAGGGAGAAGGGGGUGGGGGUGGGGCACCAUUUAAAAAAAUAAUGAUGAAUGGACACAAUAAAGCUAAAAUAAGGGCUCUGUG